AUGGCGCAUCCCUGCACCUCCUACCCGUGCCACCUCGGCAGCGCAUCCCCGCGCAUCGACCGCGACCGCGACCAUGCCCGCGCCCGCGACCAUGCCCGCGCCCGCGACCACUUGCGCGACCACGCCCGCUCCAAACGAUCCACCAUCCCCCCAGACGCACUCCAGCUCAAAUCCGACCAGCUCGACGCUGCACCCACGCUCGAGUACCUCGACUCGCUCCGACCCGCCGCCUCUCGCCGCCUCUCGCCCCGAUCAUCGCAGCGUGAUCAAUCCAAAGACACCGACGCACAAUACGACGACGACGGCGGGGAUGCCAACCGCCCCCCCGUCCUGCGCCUCACCGACGCUCAGGGCGCCCGCCUGUGGACAAAGACGCGCGACGCCAUCUCGGCCUCGUUCACGCGCGACCAGCUGCUGCGCCUCGCCAAAGAGGCCGGCCUCAAGGGCAGCUACUCGACCAAGGUCAAAAAGGACGACCUCGUCCGCCGCAUCCUCGUACAGCGCUUCGGCCUCGAGGACGUCGCCGAGCGCCUCGAGCGCCUCCGCAACGAGGAACGCCAGAAGGUCAACCUCUUCCUCGCCUUCCCGCCCGCACACCUCUUCCUCCUCCUCUCGGCCGGCCCUGCCGCCGUGCGCAGCGAGGCGGCCAGGAGAAACGUCGUCAUCCUGCCUCAGGCGCAGCAGCAGCAGCAGCAGCAGCAGCAGCAGCAGGAGGGGGAACAGCAGCAGAGCCAGUCGCCCGCCCUGGGCUUCUCGGUCCGCGGCAAGCCCGCCGACACGCUCUCGAUGCGCCAGUGGGCCGAUGACUUCCGAAAGACCGUCUCUGAGAAGCAGGAGCGCAUCCAGCUGCCCCCCACCGCAAACGGCGACGGCGCCGGCGACGACGUGCAGCUGUCCGCCGCGGUGAUCCGGUUCAUCUCUCGGUCCUCGCGCUGCUUUAUCGAGGUGCUCCCCUCGUCGUCGAGCACGGCGCUCGACGUGCGCCUCCAGUACCUCGACGAGUCCGACGCCGACCGCGCCACCCUGAUGCUGCGGCGCCACGUCGCCGAGCGCGCCGCGGCGUCGCAACGCCUCGGCGCGGGGGUCUACACCGACGACGUCAUGGCGCUGCGCCAGUACGCCCUGCUGCCCUUUGCGCCCGCGCAGCCGCUGCCGUGGAUCUCGCAGGUCCAGGAUGCCGCCCGCAGCGGCAGUGGCAGUGGUGCGGGGGCUGCCGCGCCGCUCUCGUUCCGAGCCAGCCUCGCGCUGCGGGACCUCUGCGUCCGUCGCCGUCGCGCUCGUGCUCGACCGGACGACGGCGACGUUGUCGGCGCUGUCGACGAGGCCGGUCAGGGCGACGACACCGCCGCGGCACCGGCCAUGAUGCGGUAUACGGCCACGUUGGGCCACAUUGUCCACCACAGUCGGAGCGACGCCGCAUCUGCCGCCGAUGCCGAUGCCGUGGCCGAGGGUGAGGACGGGGAUGCGUCGGCGGUCCUCGACCCGCUGGGCAAUCCACGACCGGGUCUCUGGCCGUUCCCGCACCUGCUCGACCACCUCGUCCCAUCAUCUCGUGGCCCGCCCUCCCCUUCCUCCUCGCUGUCCAACCAAGAAGGACAACGCACGUUCCUACCCGCCGUCCCGGCCUCGCUCCUCUCCUCGUCCUCUGCGGCGAUGGAGGGGAUGGGAUGGGACGCCAAGAGCAGAGAGGUACGGCGGUACACGUCGCUCGUCUACCAAGAUGUCGUUGGUGCCGAUGCGCCGGGUACGGGUGCGGGGAGGGGGAGGGUGGAGAUUGUGGUGCACGAGCAUGACGAGAAGGGGAAGAUUGAGGUCAGGCCCGGAGGCGGCGACGGCGCCGAGACGAGGGCCGAGAUGGAGAUGAUGCUGCCGGAAUCGGACGUCGAUCUCCUCCUCGCCCUCUCGCCCUCGUCGUCGUCGUCGUCGUUGUCUUCUGCUUCCUUUUCCCCCUCGGCGUGGUCGUCCCCGAAAGCGGGAGAGAUGCCACCGCACUCCCGCUUACCCAGCGACUACCACCGUACACCGCCGACCCGCAUCCAAUUCCGCCCCGAUCAAGCUCAAGCUCAAGCAGGGGAAAGGGAGAUGGUCCUCUCUUCGCAGCGACGCAUCAUCCGCUCCUCGUUUUCCCCCCUUGACCCUUUGGCUCCUUCCUCCACCCCCCCUUCCUUUGUCGAGGUCGACGUCAAGACGGGUCAGGAUGUCACUUUAACCGAAGACGAGCCGAGCAAAGAGCAGAUCGAUGCCAGACCGACGCUGCACAUCGACCAGAUCAGCGAAUUCGGAACCAUCUCGACUCUCGUCUCGGUGGAAUGGUCCCGUCCCGCCGCGUCGCCCGCUCCGUCGUGGGACGAGGUACGACGAUUCGUCUUGCCCCUCGUCGAUUCCGCCUCGCCGUCUCGCCGUGGUGCCGCAUCGACGACGGCGAGGGGAUUCCGGUCCUGA